AUGGGAAACUCAGCUGUAAAUUCAAAUACAACCUCGACGACAGUAACCGUCCUAAGUGAUUCAUCGUCGUCAUCAUCAAGCCUCAAAAAGACAAGUCAGAAGAGUUUGAAGAAGGAUGAUGAAACUAGUAAGAGUGGAAACAAACUGGUCGAUAUACUGACUCGUAAACCAAGUGCCAAGCCUGCCUUCUUUAUUAAGGUUAAUUCACUCUCUUCAACCAUUUCCUCUGCUACAACACAUACUGCUACUAAUAGCACCUCGAGAACACUUUCCACCUCAUCCACAUGUUAUAGACCAACUUCAUCUCUCCUUAGUACUUCCACCACUGCUAGAACCAUCUCUUCAACACACUCCACCACAUCCUCCCUUGAUAAUUUACCUUCAAAACCAAAGAGAGGUCUCUCCAUGCCAAGACUAGGAUCUCUCAGAAACAAGUCAGAUAAUAAGGUUUAUCCACAAUCAACUUCAUCUCUCUUUUCUACAACAACAACAUUGUCUACUGUUGGUUCACAAGCGUUGACUAUUAAGACUAUCGAAGAAGAUCGUACGUUUUCUUUUAAUGAUGAAACUGAUCACACAUUAACUCGUUUAGAAGAAGAUUCUGAGAAUUGUAAUUCUGAUCCAGAUUGUGUAAGCUCCACCUCAUCAGAAUAUUUUCUUGCUUGUGAAAUUCCAAUUCUAUGCAUUACUAAUCCAGAGAAUCAAGAUGUUACUAGUAACUUUUAUCAACCAACCCAACCAAAACAUUCCAAUGGAAUGGAGCUAAAUGAUGUUGAUGACGAAGUGUAA